AUGAGGUUUGAUACUUUUAUGCUUGAUUCAGUAAACCUUUACCGAUAUUUCUCUUCAAAUCUAGCCUCUUCUGUUGUAUUUUUUUCUCCUCCAUCUUUUAUUUUUACCCCUUUUUCCUCAAUUCCUCGUUUGGCUUUUGGAAAUUUCAAGAAAAUCAAUCGCAUACUUUGUAGCAGCAUUCCCUUUGUCUCCACUGGCACAACCCAUUAUGAGUUUUCUGAUGUUUCUUCUGAGGUGGAGUUGAGGUUGGAACUCAGGAAAGAAGGUGUAAGUCCUAAGGAGAUCUUUAUAGAUGCAAAUGAGAACUCUUUGGUAAUUAAGGUGCAGAACAGUGGAUAUCUUAGGACACUCCUGGAUACAAAUAGACUUUACGGGAUGAUAAAGCCUUCUGAAACAAUAUGGUAUAUAGACGAUGAUCAAUUGGUGGUUAAUUUGAAGAAACAAGACCCAGAACUACAAUGGGCUGACAUCAUGAAGUUGUGGGAGUCCUUAACAGCGGGAGUUGCACAACUCUUGAGAGGAACAUCAAUCUAUUUAGUCGGGAAAUCAACUGAAAUAAACCACAAGACUGCUCGAGAAUUAGCUGUUGGUCUUGGGUAUACACCACUCAAUACAAAGGAGAUUCUGGAAUCAUACAGCAAGGAAAUUAUUGAUUCGUGGGUGGCCUCACAGGGUUGUGAUGUUGUAGCAGAAGCAGAAACUGCUAUAUUAGAAAGCCUUAGUAGCCAUGCUCAAGUUGUUGUUUCGACAUUAGGUAGGAAGCAUGGUGCUGCUGAGAGGCCAAAUAAAUGGCAGCAUCUUUUUGCAGGAUUCACUAUUUGGUUAUCUCAGUCAGAAGCUACAGAUGAAGAGUCAGCGAAAGAGGAAACCCGAAGACAUUUACAAGAUGGUCUUCAAGGUUAUUCAAAUGCAGAGGUCGUAGUUAAGCUCGGGGGUUGGGAUACUAAUUACUCUAAAGCAGUUGCUCAAACUUCGCUAAGUGCUAUCAAACACUUGAUUUUGUCUGAUAAGAAUCUUCCAGGUAAGAAAAGUUUGUAUAUAAGACUGGGAUGCCGAGGGGACUGGCCAGAUAUUAAACCUCUUGGCUGGGAUUAUUUUUUAUGUAUCGAAAUGGUCUAUUCCAACGAUUAG